AUGGAAAUACACUGUAAGCACGACCCCUUCGCAGCCAUGCAUAGACAUGGAGGAGUGAAUCAGUUAGGGGGUGUUUUUGUGAAUGGGCGACCGCUCCCUGACGUAGUUCGCCAAAGGAUUGUGGAACUUGCCCAUCAAGGCGUCAGACCGUGUGAUAUCUCCAGGCAACUCCGGGUCAGCCAUGGCUGUGUCAGCAAAAUACUCGGCAGGUACUAUGAGACUGGAAGCAUUAAGCCUGGAGUUAUUGGAGGGUCAAAACCAAAGGUCGCCACACCCAAAGUAGUAGAAAAGAUUGCAGAAUAUAAACGCCAAAACCCCACCAUGUUUGCCUGGGAAAUCAGGGACAGACUUUUAGCGGAGCGAGUUUGUGACAACGACACAGUGCCCAGUGUUAGCUCAAUUAACAGGAUUAUACGGACAAAAGUACAGCAACCGCCUAACCAGCAAGUCCCUGCCUCCAGUCACAGCAUAGCCUCCACAGGUUCCGUGACCCAAGUGUCCUCAGUAAGCACAGACUCAGCAGGUUCCUCCUAUUCCAUUAGUGGAAUUCUGGGAAUUACAUCCCCCAGCGCUGAAAGCAACAAACGCAAAAGAGAUGAAGGUAUUCAGGAGUCUCCAGUACCAAACGGCCAUUCUCUCCCGGGUAGAGAUUUCCUUCGGAAACAAAUGCGGGGAGAUCUUUUCACCCAGCAACAGUUAGAAGUGUUGGACCGAGUCUUUGAAAGACAACAUUAUUCUGACAUCUUCACAACAACUGAACCCAUCAAACCAGAGCAGACUUCAGAAUAUUCAGCCAUGGCGUCAUUAGCUGGUGGAUUAGAAGAUAUGAAGGCCAAUUUAUCAAGCCCUGCUUCAACAGAUAUAGGAGCCAGUGUUCCAGGACCACAGUCGUAUCCUAUUGUGACAGGUCGCGAUUUGGCAAGCACAACCCUCCCUGGAUACCCUCCGCACGUCCCCCCUGCUGGACAGGGCAGCUACUCUGCUCCAACGCUGACAGGAAUGGUGCCUGGGAGUGAGUUUUCCGGAAGUCCAUACAGCCACCCGCAGUAUUCAACAUACAAUGAUUCUUGGAGAUUUCCCAAUCCUGGAUUGCUAGGCUCUCCGUACUAUUACAGCGCCGCUGCCCGAGGAGCCGCACCUCCUGCAGCUGCUGCUGCUUAUGACCGCCACUGA